AGGAAGAGGACGUUGCCAAGCCGGAAGAUAUGAACACGGAAACAGAAUUUCAGAAUGCCGCUCGCAGUCAAACUUGGCCUUCCCACGGGUUCCUCAUCGGUUGUGCAGUUCAUUCAUUCAGUUAGUUGGUUGUGAUGGUUGCUGGGCGAUAGUAGUAACUAGCUAUUAGCACUAGAGAUAGAUAGACCACCAAGAGAGAGAAUAGAACCCGGUGCUCCUGCUAGUUGGUCUGUUCCGUAUCUCUCCUGUUGCCAUUGCACUCUGGAUUGUUUUGGCGGAAGGAAAAGGAGAAGCCACAAUUCACCGGAGAGAGCAAUAAUCAUGAUGAUGAACUCCUGUGUGUCCACACUAGAGCUAUUGGCUCGCAAUGAGUACCUGCGCAACUGGAUUGGUAUCCUUGCGGUUGUCGUGACUGUCAAUUGGGCCGUAGCAAAGUUUCUCAAGUGGAGACGUCGCAUCACCGAACUCGACGGUUGGAUUCGAAUGGCUCGCAAGGAACGCGACAACAAGGUACAUCCUGUCCUGACACUGCACAAGUCUACACAAGAAGAGGAAGAAGCCUAUCCCUUGUAUUCGGCGUAUGAGACGCGUGAGCUCAUCUUAUCCAACAAGCUAGAUAUCAAAGACAAUGUGGCCAUGUUGGCCAAACGGUGCCGCCGAUUUGGGAGAAAUGAGGGACGCGUCAAUGCCAUUACCGAAGAAUUCUAUGACGAAGCUCACAAGACGGCAUGUGACAUGAGUGACAAGCCACUGACGGCAGAAGACGCCCCGCCGUUGUAUGGUGUACCAAUCUGCAUUAAGGAUUGUAUGAAUGUUAAGGGAGCUUGUACUGCAGGAGGAAUGGCCUGUCGCUUGCUCAAGAAAGAUGAAGCCGACUGCCUUACUGUAGAACUAUUGCGAGAUGCCGGAGCAAUCCCUCUUUGUCGUGGCAAUGUCAUGCAAGUCAUGAUGCUGGCAGAGUCGGUCAAUCGAAUUUGGGGUAGAACCAGCAAUCCAUGGAACUUGAAUCGAAGUCCAGGAGGAUCGUCCGGUGGAGAUGCAGCUUUGGUGGCCAUGGGAUGCGUUCCUCUGUCCGCCUGUGCCGAUGGAGCUGGAAGCAUCCGUAUCCCAGCAUCGUAUUGUGGUGUAGUGGGGUUCAAGCCAACAUCGACUCGAUUGUCCUUCAAGGGAUGCAUGAGACCCCGAUUGAAUGACAGGCAAGGAGUGGGUAUUACCGUUCCUGCUGUCAUGGGAUCCAUGUCACGCAAAGUCGAGGACUGCGCAAUGUUCUUGAAGGGGGUCUGCGUUCCCAAACUGUUUCAGAAAGACAUCAACAUUCCUCCCAUACCGUUUGAUACCCAACAAUACGAAUGCACAAAACGACUAAAGAUUGGAUACUUUUAUAGUGACAACUACUUUGAACCUUGUCCGUCCGCAAGACGCGGACUCGAUGACACGUUGCAGAAGCUAAGAGAUGCUGGUCAUGAGGUGGUCCCAUUCCAACCACCCACGGAUGGAUGGGAUGCCUAUCGAGUGUUUGUUGGUAUCAUGUCGGCUGAAGGCAACAUGCGAUCAUUCCUGGAAGCCGUCGAGGGAGAACCCAUGGUUCCAGAAUACAACACAGUGCUGCAUGCACGGCUUGUACCGCAAUCUGCAAAACACCUCUUGGGUGCCACACUGGGAGCUCGUGCCCGACAUUUAUUCGAAAACAGCAAGCAAAUAUCCGUCUAUGAUCUAUGGGCACUCGUGGCGGAUCUAUUGGAUAUGCGAACAAAGUGGGCCAAUGCCGUGGAACAAUCCGGUUUGGACGCCAUUGUGCAUCCCGCCAUCCCAAUUCCUGCGGUGACGCAUGGCAUGUCGGCAGAGAUUGCUUGCAUUUCCUAUAUGCUCAUUGGCCCAAUGCUAUUGUGGCCAACGGGUGUCUUGCCAGUGACCACAGUCCGCGAAGAUGAACAGCACUACUAUGAGGACUGUCCAGAGCAGCUGCCAAGGAAUCAACGGGAUCACAUUGCACGGUUAACCGCCAAAGAAAUGAAGGGUAGUGCAGGACUACCCAUCAACAUUAGUGUUUUGACUCCUUCCUACAAAGAUGAAACGUGCCUUCGACUCAUGAAGGAGAUUGAAUCGCUGGUUGGUUUUACAGCAAGGGCAAGCGCGUACAAGGACUACUAGCAUUAGAGCUACAUACAUAUAUAUCAAUCGUAUGAAAUUUACCUUGUAUCUUCGUGAGGUUUACAUACCGGUA